GUCAUGACUCCAGACCAUAGAGAAAAAUUACUUGGCAACGGAGCACGAGAUGGCGUUCUUGGUAUGCCCAGUACCUUCGUUAGGUUUGACCUGCUUACACGAUUAUAGUAGCAUAGACAUCAUGACCCUUCACACAUUAGACUAUAUUACACGACUACUGACCUUCAAUCAACGACUCUCCCAUCACCAAGCAAAGCAUACUAGAUCAAUAUUUAACUUUACGUUGUCGACUUACUCGUUGGCUUUGGACUCGGCCCCAAUCAUUUCCUUGGUUUUCGACCGCGUAUAUGGGUGGUUUUCAUAAAACCAUCGACACACGUGAAUAGGAGCAUUAUCAGCCAAUCAAGAUUUCCCUGUGCGUACAUCCUAUAGUGCCUGCGUAUAAUAGCCAAGGCCCUAGGUUUCAGCUCCCUUGCCAGGUACACAGGGGACAGCACAGUAGGC